UCCGUGGGCGGCCCCACUCAGGACCCAAAGCUGGGUCCCUCCUCGCCCUCCCCAGUCCUGCCCCACGCCAUGGACUGCGGCGUCAUCACCUCCAAGACCGUGCUGCUGCUGCUGAGCCUCACCUUCUGGGCAGCAGCCGCAGGUCUCAGCUAUGUUGGGGGUUACGUCAUUAACACCUACAAGAGCUACGACAACUUUCUGCAGGACAAGUAUGCUCUGCUGCCAGCCGUGAUCAUAAUUUGCGUUGCUGUGGUGAUGUUCAUCAUCGGGUUGAUCGGCUGCUGUGCCACCUUCCGGGAGUCUCGAGUCGGCCUAGGGCUGUUCUUGGCCAUUAUCCUGGUUAUCUUUAUUGCCGAAGUAUCCGCUUUUGUCCUGGGAUUUGUUUACAGGGAAAAGGUAAAAACCGACGUACAAGGCACAAUGCGCUCAGUCUUUGAGAAGUAUGAUGGGAAAAAUCCAGAGUCUACUGUUGUGGAUUACUUGCAAGAGCAGCUUCAUUGUUGCGGGGUAAAGAACUACAGUGACUGGACAACCACACAGUGGUUUAAUUCCACCGGUAACAACAGCGUCCCUCGGAGCUGCUGCAGGCAAGAUGUGAAGAACUGCACGGGGCGUCUGGAUCAGCCACAGGAACUCAAUACGCGGGGCUGUGCAGAGGAACUGCAGGCUGGGCUGCAGAGCGUUAUCAGCUACGCCAUGCUUGUAAUCCUGGGGUUUGCCAUUGUAAAGUUCUUCGGCAUGCUGAGUGUCUGUGUGCUUACUUGCAAGAGAGAAGACAGCGGAUACCAGCCUCUUUACUCAGGAGUGUUUGCUUAAUAAAAUGCAAAGAUCACUUUUCUUUCGCUUCCUGAUAAAAUAGACUCGUAAAGAUGAACGCUAACGGACAAUUUAUGGCCUUCUUGCUAAAUAUUUUGUUUUGUGUACAUGAAACAAAAAGAACAUUGUGUAUUGACUCGGGAAAUUUCCUUGUGGGUGAUGUGAAAUGGCAAUUUUGAUAUUCAGUGCCCCUACAGUAACGUACUCUCAUCUUGCAUACCACAGCUUUCUGUAAGGUUAUUGUAGGUUUGGAUUUGUGACUUCAGAUAGCACCAGACGGUGUGACAGGCUCCAGAAAGAAUCUUUCUUCUGCAGUUCUUUCCUCUGCCCUUAAAACAUGCAGAAGCAACGUCAUUUUUCAUCACUAAACUGAUUGAGACCGCAGGAGGGGUUUCAGCUGGUCUGCACAAACAUCAGAUGACUCCCAUGGCGUGGUUAAACAGCGAAAGAAACUUUUGAAUGCCGGGUUCAAAUAUUCUUCAUAAACCCGGGGAGUUAGAACACGUUGGUGUUUCUAUUAUUUUUUUUUUCCUCUUUCUUAUGUCCAUUUGUUGUAAUUCGGUUUAUUGCAGGGGUUGAUAGUGCAAGACAAACCCCGUGUUUAAAGUCUAGAACAGACAUCGGAGUUGUUUUUUGGAGCAGAUAGCAAAUGUGAACAACCCCACGUUAGGAGGGGACGUGUGUUUUGAGCUUUUGGGCUCAGGAGGGCUCUAUUUGGCUUGGCGUUUUUGUCCCUUUUUUUUUUUUUUUAAACGAUUAUUAUUUGACAUUAAAAAUUGCUUACGAAGCAGUGCUUUUGGCAUUUUCUCCCCUCCUUUUAUCGAUGCUUUUAUGGUUUGUCUAAAAGACAGACUGUAUCUCUCCAUUCAACGCCGAAUUUGCAGGAGUUACCGGGAGGAAGGCAGGCUGGAAGAUGGCAGAACCGGCGGCCUUGGCUCGGUGGGGUUGUGCAGACGGGGACGAUGGAGACAUUCCUGCCACCCUCCCUGCGGCACUGAAGCUCUGACCACUUGUCACUGCUAAAAAUGAUAAAACCGUGCAUUCUUGUACCAAGCAAUUUCAAUAACAUGUUGUCUGGCGGCGUCAGGUGCCUCCUCCUUUCCUAGAUUUCCUUUUUCCUUAAAGGUCCGCUGAAAGCGGUUGCUUCUUGGAUUGUAUUGAAAUUGCUUUAAAGAUGGCCCUUCCUUAACAAGUUUGUAUGUUAAUCUGUUUCUCAGUUCUUUAGGGUUUUUUUCUUUUUUGGUUGUUUUUAGAGGUGGGGAGGGAACUAUGAGCUAUUCUUUAUUAGAGAAUUGGGGAAAAGCAACAGAGUUUUUGCUUAUUUUUUCUUUGGAGAGAGAAACAGUCUAACCUUAGCAAUAAACAUUUGUAUCUGUAGUUAAUUAGAAGAAAAGGAGUUUGGGGUAAAUGUAAGCUCUUUAUUUUUAUUUUUUUCCUUUUGCCCCCAGAGAAAAAAAGCAACGGGUGAUGAUGUUCUGUAGGAGACAUACCAGUAUUGUGAGAAACGCGUUAUCCGAAUCCAAAUAAAACAGGCUCAGGCAGAAUCCUCUGUGAAGCACCUUUUUAUUCACGUCCGUGCAAGAGCGGGUGACCUAGCAAGUGGGCCCUCUUUUGGUUCUUGAAGCACACCUUUUUAUUCCCUAACCCUGGCCAAAUUUUCCCUCCCUUGUUUUCCCCGUUGGUUAGGUACUCCAGGCUUCACAGCCUGUUCGGAGCACCUAAAAUCCUCCCUGGAUAUCCCACCUCUCUUUACUUCU